CCCAAUCAUUGUAAACAGGCGGAGGCUGGGGCGGGGUGGGAAUGGGGCGCCCGAGGCCGGCCGGGGGCGCAGCGCAGGAGGCGGCCGCGGCGGCGGGCGGUCGCGCGGCGGCGCAGGGGUGAUGGGCAGGUAACAGACGCCCUCCUCACUGUCGUCAGGGAGGCAGCAUGACCGAGUGCUUCCUGCCCCCCACCAGCAGCCCCGGUGAGCACCGCAGGGUGGAGCAUGGCAGUGGGCUCACCCGCACCCCCAGCUCUGAGGAGAUCAGCCCCACUAAGUUUCCUGGAUUGUACCGCACGGGCGAGCCCUCGCCUCCCCAUGACAGCCUCCACGAGCCUCCCGAUAUAGUGUCUGAUGAUGAGAAGGACCAUGGGAAGAAAAAAGGAAAAUUUAAGAAAAAGGAAAAAAGGACUGAAGGCUAUGCCGCCUUUCAGGAAGAUAGCUCUGGAGAUGAAGCCGAAAGUCCUUCCAAAAUGAAGAGGUCCAAGGGGAUCCAUGUUUUCAAGAAGCCCAGCUUUUCUAAAAAGAAAGAGAAGGAUUUUAAAAUAAAAGAGAAACCCAAAGAGGACAAACAUAAAGAAGAAAAACACAAAGAGGAAAAACAUAAAGAGAAAAAGUCAAAAGACUUGACAGCAGCUGACGUGGUUAAACAGUGGAAGGAAAAGAAGAAAAAGAAGAAGCCAAUUCAGGAGCCAGAGGUGCCUCAGAUAGAUGUCCCGAAUCUCAAACCCAUCUUUGGGAUUCCUCUGGCUGAUGCAGUGGAGAGGACCAUGAUGUACGACGGCGUUCGGCUGCCGGCCGUCUUCCGGGAGUGUGUGGAUUAUGUGGAGAAGCAUGGCAUGAAGUGUGAAGGCAUCUACAGAGUGUCAGGAAUUAAAUCCAAGGUGGAUGAGCUGAAAGCAGCCUAUGACAGAGAGGAGUCUCCAAACUUGGAAGAGUAUGAGCCUAACACUGUAGCCAGUUUGCUGAAGCAGUACCUGCGGGACCUGCCCGAGAACCUGCUGACCAAGGAGCUGCUGCCCCGCUUUGAAGAGGCUUGUGGGCGGAGCUCGGAGGGCGAGAAGGUGCAGGAGUUCCAGCGCCUGCUGGAGGAGCUGCCCGAGUGUAACCAUUUGCUGAUCUCCUGGUUGAUCGUGCACAUGGACCACGUUAUCGCCAAGGAGCUGGAAACAAAAAUGAACAUCCAGAACAUUUCUAUAGUGCUCAGUCCAACUGUCCAGAUUAGCAAUCGUGUCCUAUAUGUGUUUUUCACACACGUGCAAGAGCUCUUCGGAAAUGUGACACUGAAGCAAGUGACGAAACCUCUGCGAUGGUCUAACAUGGCCACGAUGCCCACACUGCCCGAGACCCAGGAGAGCAUCAAGGAGGAGAUCAGAAGACAGGAGUUUCUUUUGAACUGUUUACAUCGAGAUCUGCAGGGUGGGAUAAAGGAUUUAUCUAAAGAGGAAAGAUUAUGGGAAGUACAAAGAAUUCUGACAGCCCUCAAAAGAAAACUGAGAGAAGCUAAAAGACAAGAGUGUGAAACCAAGAUUGCACAAGAGAUAGCCAGUCUUUCAAAAGAGGAUGUUUCCAAAGAAGAAAUGAAUGAAAAUGAAGAAGUCAUAAAUAUUCUUCUUGCCCAGGAGAAUGAGAUCCUGACUGAACAGGAGGAGCUCCUGGCCAUGGAGCAGUUCCUGCGCCGACAGAUCGCCUCGGAGAAAGAAGAGAUGGAACGCCUCCGAGCGGAGAUCGCCGAGAUCCAGAGCCGCCAGCAGCACGGCCGCAGCGAGACCGAGGAGUACUCAUCGGAGAGCGAGAGCGAGAGCGAGGAUGAGGACGAGCUGCAGCUCAUCCUGCAGGACCUGCAGCGGCAGAACGAGGAGCUGGAGAUCAAGAACAACCACCUGAACCAGGCGAUUCACGAGGAGCGUGAGGCCAUCAUUGAGCUGCGGGUGCAGCUCCGCUUACUCCAGCUGCAGCGCGCCCGGCCCGAGCCCCAGGCUGAGCCCGAGCCCGUCACCAGGGAGCCGCCCCCGGGCAGCAAGGAGCAGCCCCGGCCGUCGCCCGGGAGGGACAGGAAGGAAACGCCCAUCUGAGCGCCGCCUCUGCUGUCCCCACUGUAAAGACGCCUCCUCCACGCGGGCGGCGCUCAGCGCAGGUGACACAACGACAGAGCGGCACGCGGUGCGGGCUUGUCGGGCACAGAUGAGUUUCCAGCUAGUGUCAGCUUCUUUGAAGAUUAAUUUCCUUUGUUAAAAUAACUUUUAACCCUUGAGUGGCUUCUUUUUAAACCAAAAAUCGUCUUUCUUUGCUUUUUUAUUACGGCAGAAUCAGGAUUUUUCUCUCGUUCAAGGGGGAACCAAACAAGGCAGCCCCACUCCUGCCCGCGCCGUGUCCCCUUCCAGGGUCUCCGCUGCCCGCCAUUCUCGCCUGUGCCUUCACGCCUCCGCGGUGCAGAUUCUGUCCUGGGAGCCACCUCACGUUUCCCGACUGGCCCGAGUGGCUCUCACGGGGGUGACCUUCCCCACCCCACACCCCAGGCCCAGGUCACCACAGCCACCUGGCUCCUGCUGCCUGGGGUCAGCAGAUGCCUGUCACUGGGUCGUGGGAGCAGCUGCCCAGACCCGGGGCAUCCACACAGAGGAUCUGUUUCCCCAACCUGCCAUUAGAACAGAACGUCGUGGGUUGCUUGCUUGGGCUAGAAUGUAAGCAUCUCAUCUCUUUGCCUGAAUAAGCCAUAUGGAUGGGUAGCUAUGCUCUUACACAAGAUUUCAGCUGUCAGUGUCCACAGGGGCUGGGUGAACUGCUGCUGGGUGCCCAGUUGACCAGGCUGAGCGAUAGGAAAUGGCUUUCCUCUGCAGUCAGCUGUAGUCCUGACCCCACCACGUCUCUGGCAACCCGAGGUGUCUGGGAGGCCGGCUCGUAGGCACUCGGUCCAGUCCUGCUGUGUCCGAAUAAGUGGCUCCACGAGGUUGUCAGCUCUCACGGCUGUGAAGACAAACCCCACACACUCAAGGUGAUGGAAACACCCCCCACCCCCACCCCAGGGCUCUGUCCUCUCCUCCUGGUUAGUAUUUAUUUUCAGCACCUGUUUAAUGCGGUUUUUUAUUCUCUACCUAUUGCACUGUUGUGACUUGUUGGCCAUUAUUUGAUUUUUGUACGAAAAAAGCUUUGUUAUAGAAAUCAGCAUACUAUUUUUUUAAAUCUGGAGAGAAGAUAUUACAGUGACUGAAAAUACGGUCAGGUGUCAAAUAUAAACGUAUAAAAGCCUUCUUGCCGUCCUGUCGGUCAUGUUACAUUCAUUUUAUAUUUGCUGGCAAUAUUGAAGGGAUUCUUUUGUGUUUAAACUCUAAUUUCUAUCACAGUGUCAUGAAUUUUUAAAAUUAGUAUUUCAUCACAGUUGUCUCAGUGUUGGUUAACUAAUUUUUGCCAGGACCAUUAUUGAUCAAGCAAAUAAAUUCAACAGCCAUUUGAGGAAAAAAAAA